AUGGAGAAUGCUAUCGUGCACUAUGCAUCUGCUGUUCUAAUUUCUGUCAGAUCUAUUGAUACAUGUAUCAUGCGCCCCCGUCACGUGCUCAUCACAGGAGGAAGCCGGGGAAUCGGUCUCGCCAUUGCAAGACUCUUCGCAAAGAACGCGUAUCGCUGCACGCUGAUAUCGCGAUCAGAGCGAGAUCUCAAGGAUGCUGUGGCUAGUUUGACGCCUCUGCUCACAUCGUCACCAUCAUCAGGAGCAAUCCCAUCGACAACAUCCUCAUCACCACCAACACCAUCGACCCCCGAGGACGAAACUUGCCCAUACCCACUACCGUCCUAUCAACACAACUACAUCGCCGCCUCCAUCACAUCUCCUACCUUCUGGUCCACCUCUGCCCCGGCAAACCCAACAGCCCAAGAUCAAUUACCGGUAUCCCUCUCCCCACCCUUCCCAUCUUUCCUCCCCAAACCACCGCGCAAAGAUCCCACUCAUGCGUCCCACAUCGAUGUGCUGGUGCAUUGCGCCGGGAUAGCACAGGCCAGUCUCUUUACGCGCACCUCUGAAGACGACAUCGAGGCCAUGAUAGCCACCAAUCUCACUAGCGUCAUGCGGAGCACGAGAUUCCUGCUUCGACAUGGUUAUCUGCGGAAACAGGCUUCUUCAUCUUCGAGUCAGGCGGCUUCUGCUUCUACAUUGGCCUCGUGCGCAGACGCCACCUCUACUUGCACGUCUGCGCCUGAUGCCGGACAGACUGCGCAGCAAAACACAGACGCACAGCUUCAACCUCACACCCCCGUCAUCAUCAAUAUCGCCAGUGUACUGGGGAUAUUGGGCGGCCACGGCGCAGUGGCGUACGCGGCAUCCAAAGCAGGGGUUUUGGGGUUUACGCGCGCGCUGGCGAGUGAGUAUACGAGUCACGGGGUCAGGGUAAAUGCUGUCCUACCGGGUUAUGUGGAGACGGGGAUGACAAGAGACCUCAACCCCAAUCAUCUCUCCACCCGCAUCCCCCUCGCCCGCCUCGGCACACCAGAUGAAAUCGCGUCGGCGGUCCUGUUCCUCGCGCAAAACGAGUAUGCGCAUAACGCGGUUUUAAACAUCGAUGGCGGGGUGUCUGCGGUCUGA